AUGCGUGAACCACGAACAACAACGGUUACAAUACCUGAAACAACACCGGAAAAUACAACAGGUACUAAACCAGGCACAACACCAGGAACAACACCGGAUACAAUACCUGAAACAACACCAGAAACUACAACAGGUACUACACCAGGCACAACACCAGGAACAACAACGGUUACAAUACCUGAAACAACACCGGAAAAUACAACAGGUACUAAACCAGGCACAACACCAGGAACAACACCGGAUACAAUACCUGAAACAACACCAGAAACUACAACAGGUACUACACCAGGCACAACACCAGGAACAACACCGGUUACAAUACCUGAAACAACACCAGAAACUACAACAGGUACUACACCAGGCACAACACCAGUAACAACACCGGUUACAAUACCUGAAACAACACCAGAAACUACAACAGGUACUACACCAGGCACAACACCAGGAACAACACCGGAUACAAUACCUGAAACAACACCAGAAACUACAACAGGUACUAAACCAGGCACAACACCAGGAACAACACCGGUUACAAUACCUGAAACAACACCAGAAACUACAACAGGUACUACACCAGGCACAACACCAGUAACAACACCAGUUACAAUACCUGAAACAACACCAGAAACUGCAACAGGUACUACACCAGGCACAACACCAGGAACAACACCGGUUACAAUAACUGAAACAACACCAGAAACUACAACAGGUACUAAACCAGGCACAACACCAGGGACAACAUCAGGUUCAACACCCGAAACAACACCAGAAACAACACCGGGUUCAACACCUGAAACGAUGCCAGGUUAG